AUGGCCUCGCAGCCGUACUCGGACCAGGUGAUAUUGGCUCCUCCCCUUCCAGCUCGUGCGUUUCACUCAACCGGGUUUGAGGUCACUGACCCGUCUCAAAUGCGAGGUCUGAAAGGACCGCUACCAGGUCGUCGGAGCAAGCUUGAUUGUGCGGUUGUGCCGCGAUCUCAGUUCCGAGCGCGGUCGUAUUUGGUGAUAGAUGCGCAUCUCAACACCCUGAACUAUAAUCAGGAGCUUCAGGUCUUCAAUCAUUUGGCCAGCAUCACUAAAGAGCACUCCGGUCGGUUUCACGUCCGACAGCUCAAAGACUCAUUUAAUAUGAAGAGCCGCAAUAGCGAAACACGACUUUUUCGUUAUGGCACCUCUAAGCAUAAGUAUCUCCACUCGAAUCAGUUGCGUAUUGCUGUUAUUGACGAUUCGAUUCUUCCCAAGGUAAAAGAAGACGAGAUCCGUAGUCCAUCUGCGAAGAAGCAGGUCGGCGAUACUAUGAUCUAUGCCUCACGGUACAUAUUGGAUAGCGCAAGCGCUCUCGUCAUCAGUAACUUCGGGCACGCACGCAUAGGCAACAAACACGGUGGCAAUGCUGUGCUCGUUCCAUACCAAGCCCCUGAACGAUGCCGUGGCUACGUGGAGUUUACGGCUCUUGACUUUCCUGAGCCCGAAGUUAUAUUUGGAAUCGACGACAAGAAUUCAGAAGAGCUGAAUGACGCCCGCCCUCUUGCAGCCAUGACCGCCCUCCUUGGCCCGCCACCAUCCGAAGUCCUCACAAGGGCAAGCAAGUACUGGGAUCUUGACGGCAGGAAAAUAAAAGGGGCUUGUCCUACUACCGGCGGUACCUAA